UGAUAAGCUGUCCUAUAUAAAGACCUCUAAUAGCAUCAAUACAGAGCCAAGACACACCUUCUUAUAUUAUUCUCUCAUAGACCCUCCUCCCUAUUUUUCUUGUGCAAGGACAAAGGAGAAAGAAAAUGGCGAAAGCGACUUUAGUUUUGCUGGUCAUUUCCUUGGUGGGAGUCAUGCAAUGGGCUAAUAGUACUAAUGCAGAGAGCUGGGCCAGCAGACUCGAAGCUGAAAAGGAGAAUGUGACAAACCUUCAAUUCUACUUCCAUGACAUACUCAGUGGCAAAAAUCCUACAGCUAUUAAAGUUGCUCAACCAAGUGCAGAUAACAAAUCCCCCACCCUCUUCGGUUCUAUCAUGAUGGCUGAUGAUCCCUUGACAGAAGGGCCUGAUCCGAGCUCAAAGCCCGUUGGCCGAGCUCAAGGGAUUUAUGGGUCAGCAGGACAGAAUGAAUUGGCCUUGAUCAUGGCCAUGAACUUUGCAUUCACCGAUGGUAUCUAUAAUGGUAGCUGCAUUAGCCUCCUUGGUAAGAAUCCGGCAAUGAAUCCUGUUCGUGAGAUGCCAAUUGUUGGAGGAACCGGCCUAUUCCGGUUUGCACGUGGUUAUGCCGUUGCACAAACCUAUUGGCUUGACGUUACCACUGGCGAUGCCAUAGUAGGCUACAAUGUUACAGUAGUUCACUAGAUGUUACUUCACUGUUACGUAAAAGAGUAGUCAUGUUUUUUCUCAACUUGGUUUGCCAUGAGUUGGUUACCUACUCUUAGGCUAUGAUACUUGACGCAGCAGCACCAUACAUGUGUGUUCAUUACUUCCACUUGUAAGCAUAUUCGCACAUGUAUCAUAUAUUAUGCAUCAUUCUGUUAAAAUUUCUUCUUCAAAAUUUUAAACUUAAUGAUCUUCUUUCCUUA